AGCGGGCACUCAGCCCCUCCCCUCCUCCCCAAGCCUAUAAAGUCAACCUGCCUCCAUCUGUGGGGACGACUUCUCCUUGUUUCUCUUUCUUCCUUCCUUCAAUUCUUCCCUCCUCUAAACGUUUGAAUCAACUGCAUUGUUUCUUUCCCCGAGUACCAUCCCAAAAAAAAGUAACAAUGUCGAACCUCGAGCACACCAAGAAAACGUACACCCUCAACACGGGUGAUAAGAUCCCCGCUGUUGGCUUGGGCACAUGGCAGAGCGGUCCUAACCAGGUCAGAGAGGCCGUCAAGAAUGCCCUUCUGAAGGGUUACCGCCAUAUCGACACUGCCCUCGCCUACGGCAACGAGGCUGAGGUCGGUCAGGGUAUCAAGGACUCUGGGGUCCCUCGCGAGGAGAUCUGGAUCACGACCAAGCUCAACAACACCUGGCACCACCGCGUCGCCGAGGGCAUUGACUCUUCUCUCAAGAGCCUUGGCGUGGACUACGUCGACCUUUACCUUGUUCACUGGCCUUGCGCGACCGACCCCAACGACACCUCGAAGCAUCUUCCCGACUGGGACUUCAUCAAGACCUGGCAAGAGAUGCAGAAGCUGCCCGCCACCGGCAAGGUCCGUAACAUCGGCGUUUCCAACUUCGGCAUCAAGAACCUGGAGAAGCUUCUGAACGACCCCAGCACCAAGAUCGUCCCCGCUGUCAACCAAAUUGAGUUGCACCCCAACAACCCCUCCCCCAAGUUGGUCGCCUACAACACCUCGAAGGGCAUUCACUCCACCGGUUACUCUUGCCUCGGCUCAACGAACUCUCCUCUCUACAAAGAUCAGACCCUGUUGGACCUUGCCGAGAAGAAGGGCAAGACCCCCCAGCAGGUCCUGCUGGUAUGGGGCUUGAACAAGGGCUGGAGUGUCAUUCCCAAGUCGGUCAGCAAGGAGCGCAUCGACGCCAACUUCGAGCUCGACGGCUGGGACCUGACUGAGGAGGAGGUCAACCAGCUGGACAACUUGAAGGAUCGCUUCAAGGUUUGCGGAGACAGCUGGCUCCCUGUCAAGGUGUUCUUCGGAGAUGACGAAUGACUGACCGACAUGACGCGAGGCGAAAGAAGUUCUAAAAUCUAAAUUCAAUGUAUAUAAGUUCGGUCAAAUGCUUGAAGCCAUA